AUGUUGAACAUACAGCAAGCAAAGUCCCUCUACGAUGCAACCAAGUACUGGUUCACCGUACUUCCCCCAUUCAUGUCAAUCGCCAACUUCGCCAUAGAUGCCCCCUUUGGCCGGUUUGCGCUCACCUCGAAGAGCAUAUUCGAGCUCGACGGUAUCCGCUCAUGGAUAUUCAUGGAGCUCGUCUCCAUCGUCGCCCUCUCCAACGCUUACCUCCGCUCGCCCCUCAACUCCGCGUCCUUCGGCAGUCCACCCUCACUGAGCCUGUCCCACCCCCCGACGCUCCUCGCAGGGCUUUACGUCAUCCACUACAUCAACCGUGGGCUCCUCUCCCCCCUGCGCACGCCCUCGCGCUCCAAGUCCCACGUCCUCGUCGCCGCGCUCGCCAUCGCCUUCAACUCCUGCAACGGCUCCCUCAUGGGCGCCUACCUCUCCUCCCCCGGCGCGCAAACCUUUCUCGCCGACGCGUACGCCCGCCCGCUCUUCUGGUUCGGGCUCGCCCUCUGGGCGCUGGGCUUCGCAGGCAACAUCGCGCACGACGAGAUCCUGCUCAACCUCCGGCGCCGGCACAAGGCGGCCAAGAAGGACGACGACGACGCGGACGGGUCGAAGCCGAAGCAGGAGCAUUACGCGAUCCCGCACGGGGGCCUGUACCGCUUCGUCUCGUUCCCGAACUACCUGUGCGAGUGGAUGGAGUGGGUCGGGUUCGCGCUCGCCGCCGCGCCGCCGCCGUCGGUCGCGGGCGUGGGGGCGUACGUCGCGACCCUGCUGCCGCCAUGGCUCUUCGUGGUGAACGAGGUGCUGUUCAUGUUCCCGAGGGCGUUCAAGGGGCACCGGUGGUACCACAGCCGGUUCCCGGACUACCCAAGGAGCGCAAGAUCGUGA